GCUGCUGGGAGCUCUGGCAGGAGCACCUGGACACCAGGAUGAGGGAGCCAGCCCUGCCAGGAGGAAGAGGAGGAGGUGUGGGAGGAUGGAGACAGCGGCCACCAAAGGCUGGGGAAGGCACAGGUCCAGGUUGUGCUGGAUGAUUUCAAAGUCCCAGACUGAAGACACACAGGGGAUUGAAGGCAGCACCAAGAUCUUGUAGGAUUGUCUCCAAACAGAUCCCACUGCAAAGAGGGUUUUCCAGCUGGAAGAAACCUCCAGCAAGGAGUUCACACAGACAACACACUUUGAAGGAAUGCCAGGAAGCAAUUGCACCCAAGCAAAUGAGUUCAGCUUGGCAGGAUUCACUGAGAACCUGGCAACUCAGGUCACCCUCUUCCUGCUGUUCCUGCUCACCUACCUUGUCACCAUCCUGGGCAACUUGGGGAUGAUCACCUUGAUCAGAGCCAGUGCCCUGCUCCAUUCCCCCAUGUAUUAUUUCCUGGGCAACCUGGCUUUUGUGAACCUCUGCACUGCCACCAUCAUCACCCCCAGGAUGUUGGCUGGGGUUUUGCUGGGGACGAGGGGGAUCACCUAUGCUGGGUGCAUGGCUCAGACCUUCACUUUUGGGCUGUUUCUGGCCACUGAGUGUUUCCUACUGGCUGCAAUGGCCUAUGACCGCUAUGUGGCCAUUUGCCACCCCCUGCUCUACCCCCUGGUCAUGUCCCCAGAGUGCUGCUCCCGGCUGGUGACCGGCUCCUACCUCCUGGGGCUGACCAACGGCGUGGGACAAACCAUUGGCAUGUCCAGCUUGUUCUUCUGCAGCUCCAGCACCAUCGACCUGUUCUUCUGUGACAUCUCCAUGCUGAUCUCGCUCUCCACCUCUGACACCACCCUCAGCCUCGUCAUCCUGAGGACUUCUUCAUCUUUGCUGGGUGUUCCUAGCAUGCUGGUGGUCCUGGUGUCCUAUGUGGCCAUCAUCUCCAGCAUCCUGAGCAUCAGCUCAGCUGAGGGCAAGCGCAAAGCCUUCUCCACCUGUGCCUCCCACCUCACUGCCGUCAGCACCUUCUAUGGGGCGUUGAUUUUCAUGUACUUAAUCCCCAGGUCAGACACCUCCAGGGGAGGAGAUAAAUGGGCUGCUGUGCUCUACACUGUGGUAACCCCCAUGCUGAACCCCUUCAUCUACAGCCUGAGGAACCAGGAGGUCCAUGGGGAAAUCCAGAGUGAUGAGGCUCUCCUGGAGACUCAGAACAACUUGGGAUGGAGGAGAAGGAGAAGCUGCUCAGCUGGAUUAAAUCAAGCCAGAGUCAAGCUGUGCUGAGCCCCCAUGGCAGGCCCCAAAGUGCCUCAACUCACAUGUCCAUAGAUGUGGAGACAUCGUUCUCAAGUUGCACCAGGGGAGGUUUCGGUUGGAAAGGAAAAUUCCUUCAUGGGAAGGGCUGUCCAGCCCUGGAACAGGUUGCCAGGGCAGUGGUGGAAUCCCCAUCCCUGGAGGGAUUUAAAAGGUGUGUGGAUGUGGCACUUGGGGAUAUGGGUUAGUGGUGACCUUGGCACUGCUGUGGGAAUGGUGGACUUGAUCCCAGAGGAUUUUUCCAACCUAACCAUUUCUAUGGCUCUGUGAUCAGGACCGUGAACUGGGACCUCUUUGUGUAACUCCUGCUGUUUUCCCACCCUUCUGCUCCUCCCUGCUGCCCUCAGGACAUUGUUUAAUUUAGCUGCAGACAAGAUUGUACAUUUUUUCUUUAAAUAGGACUAAAGAUUAUUUUUAAUGUUUUAUUUAAAACAUAAAGCCUCCAUAAUUUUUCAUUGAUUAAAACAUUAAGGCAUUUAAAACAUAAGCCCCAGAGCACCUCUCUUUGUUGUGGGGCCUGACAGCCAUUGUUUGGUAAUACAAAAAAUAUUUGAAAAAUAUUAAAUAUUUUAAUAAUAUUUUGAGAAAGCA